AUGUCUCUAUUAUCGAAUUUAACCCAAGAUGGUCGAAUUGAAAUCGAGUGUGAUUUGAGUUAUGAUAACUCUCGGGAAAUUUUGAAAUAUAUUAUUCAAUUUGCCUAUCUUUUUCCGGGAAUUUUGAUACAUUUGAUGAUUUUGAGGACGAUUCAGUGGAAGUAUAAGAAGAUUUAUCGGAUCAAUUCGUUUUUUAUGAUUUAUACGGUGGAUUCGAUGGCGGUGAGUGUGAACCGGAAGCUUCCGCGCAGCGGCACUGUCUUCCGCGAAGCGGCCAGGCCUAGGAUCAGCCUGAGCUUCAGGCUCAAGCUUAGGUCUAGUCUCAAUUUCCGAGCGCCCUUGGCGCGAGUGUAGACCAGAAGCUUCCGCGCAGCGGCCAGGCCUAAGGUCUCAGCCCGAGCUCCAGGCUCAAGCCUAGGUCUAGUCUCAAUUUCCGAGCGCCCCUGGCGCGAGUGUAGACCAGAAGCUUCCGCGCAGCGGCCAGGCCUAAGGUCUCAGCCCGAGCUCCAGGCUCAAGCCUAAGUCUAGUCUUAACUCCCGAGCGCCCCUGGCGCGAGUGUAGACCAGAAGCUUCCGCGAAGCGGCACUGUCUUCCGCGAAGCGGCCAGGCCUAGGAUCUGCCUGAGCUCCAGGGUCAAACCUAGGUCUAGUCUUAAUUCUCGAGCGCCACUGGCGCGAGUGUAAACCGCAAGCUUCCGCGCCAGGCCUGUGCCGGAAAAUCAAAACCCGGAAAACGGAAAGUCGGAAAAUUUCCGGAUUUUUUGAACCGGAAAUCCGGAAAAUUCGGAAAAUUUUUCAAAGUCUGAAAUUUCGAUUUCCAGCCUUAAGUUGGCACUAAAACUUAUUUUUAUCUACAAUUCUUCUUUUCACAGGUAAUUUAGUAACUAGUUGAGACGUCGUACGUUCAAAAAAUAGUAAAAUUUGAAAAAUUGAAAAAAAAAAAUUUCCAAAAAUUUCAUUUUUUCUAUCAUAAACUGAGAAAAUUUUCCAAAAUUUAGGCAAUUUUGAAAAUAUUACUACUAGAGAUCAUUUCCGGAUUUUCCGAGCACAUUUUCGGCCACGCCUAGGAUCAGCCUGAGCUUUAGGCUCAAGCCUAGGCCUAGUACUAAUUCCCGAGCGCCCCUGGCGCAAGUGUAAACCGCAAGCUUCCGCGUAGCGGCCACACUCAUGCUGAAUCUGAUGAAGCUGAAGUUCUGCUGAAGAUCUGCUGAAAACCGCAAGCUUCCGCGUAGCGGCCACGCCUAAGGUCUCAGCCCGAGCUCCAGGCUCAAGCCUAGGCCUAGUCCUAAUUCCCGAGCGCCCCUGGAGCGAGUGUGAACCGCAAGCUUCCGCGCAGCGGCACUGUCUUCCGCGAAGCGGCCAGGCCUAAGGUCUCAGCCCGAGCUCCAGGCUCAAGCCUAAGUCCUGUCCUAAUUCUCGAGCGCCCCUAGCGCGAGUGUAGACCGGAAGCUUCCGCGUAGCGGCCUGGCCUAGGAUCAGCCUGAGCCCCAGAACUAAUGGAAAAACUUGCCCAACAAAUCCUACUAGAUUUUUCUGAAGUUUGUUUCGUUCACCCACCCACAACAUCACAAUUCGAUUUCAAUUUCUCACCUGCUCCAAAAUACCUUCCAGAGUCUCUCAAUGUUGAUCUUCGAUGCAUUCAUCGGUCGCCCAAUAAUGUACAUCCCUCCACUUUGCCCAAUUGUAACCCCAUAUUUCUUCGAACCCUCGAUUCUCCUCAAAGUCUUCUACAUUCUUCCGAAUUAUCUUCGAGCUGCAAAAUCGAUAACUCAAAUAAUGAUGAGUAUAAAUCGAGUGAGUUGUGUGAUAUCGCCAAUUUCUUAUAUAUCAAUUUGGAAAAAAUAUCUAAAUAUUUCGAUAAUUAUAAUCCUAGUUAGCCCAAUCUUCGUAACCUGGAACUUAUUUCUAUCGCGAGUUUAUGUGAUUCCAAUUUUCGGUGGAUUUUCGUAUAAUUAUUUGAAAUAUGUUAAAUGGGCAAGUCUAUCACAAUUCCAAUUUUUAUUUUUAUCCCUGGCAAUUUUGGUGACAAUUAUAAGCACUAUAGUUACCCUAACUUAUUUAUUAAUGCUUCCAACACGCGUCAAAUCCGCGGAAAAAUCGCUGUGCUUUGCGAAUUUUACAAUUUCCGCGGCUUUCACAAGUGUUGCAGCUUUUCAAAGUUUAUUCGCAUUUUUCUCGAAUUUCGAUGCGACUCUACUUUUCAGCCUGCAAUUUUUUAGCUAUGAUUUUUUGAAUAUCAGGUACUUCUAUACUUCUAAUAAUUUCUAGCUACCGUAAUGUUUUUGCAGCUCUCCAAUAGUGAUAAUUCUGAUAAAUCCUCAACUCCGCGAGCAUAUUUUCAAGGGGGAAAAGGCGAAUUCAAAUGUUUUUAUGAGAGUUACAGUAACUCAAACGAAUAUUAAUUAA